GUCACAUGGCAAACAACAUGGCCGCUUACUUGUUGUAAUAUUUCUACCUCUAGCUGUUGUUAGCGCUUGAACUCUCCGUUUCAUUGUGUACUGAUGUAAAACAGGUACAGUCCGUUUUCUUAUUGUUAUUAUUUGUACCCAGGCAGGUUUUCUUUGACUGUGAACGAACCUGGUGAUAGAUAGAGUCCGACUUCCCUGUCACAGUCCCCUGGAUUAAAACCAUGGCCUCAUCAUUUGUGGUCGGGGAUCAGUUCAGGAACAAGGUGACAGAGUUAUUAGAAAACACAGACUCAUCUCUGCCACAUCCACUGAGAGAAGAGCUGCAGGAGAUCCUCGACAAACCAGCAGCAGCGGCCCUGUCCUUCAGCACAGCAAGGAAACUCAAGAGAUUCCUUCAGGACCAAGGGCAUCCAUUCUACCUGCAUGAGUUGUUGGAAGACAGUUCACUGAACCUGCCUGAGUUUGUGAAGCCUCCCAGAAACCCUGAGCUGGUCGCACGUCUGGAGAGGAUCAAAACCAAAUUGGCCAAUGAGGAAUACAGUAGGAUCACACGUAAUGUCAACAGUCAGGAAAUCAACAGAAAUGGAACAUUAGCAGAUUUUGGACGGGAAGUGCGAUCAGCCAAAGCAGUGGUGGUAACCGUAUUCAACUUCCUGGUCACAGUGGUUGCUGCCUUUGCCUGUUCAUACAUGGGCAGUCAGUACCUGUUCACUGAAACAACAGCGAGAGUGAUAUCAGCUGUCAUCGCAGCAUCAGUAGUCGGUCUGGCUGAGCUUUACGUCCUGGUCCGGACCAUGGAGGGAGAUCUAGGAGAGCCAUAGCAGCCGUGCACAACAAAUGAGGGAAACACAAAUCUUUGUAAGCGAACCCAGCCAGGUCAGAAUAUCUGGAUUUGAGGGGAGUUUAGUGAAAACAUUCUGUACAUUUUGCUUUAAAUUUGGUGGUAUGAGUUUAAAGUUACUGAGAAUUUACAAAUGAAUGACACUAGUACCACUAAAGGGAGGCUGGAAAAUUACAAGAAAGCAAAAUGAUUUAAAAUAACUGAAUAUCUGUGACUGAGAUACAUCUGCUUAAUCUGACAUUCCAAUGAUUCACGCUUUUUAAAUUAAAUCUAAACACGAGUCAAAUUUUCUAUUUAUUUAAAGGUAUUUUAUAUUUCAUAUUUUUCCUGAAACUACAUACUUUAGUUUUUCUUCCUCCUCGUUCUCCUUGGCACUUCCCUAUACAAAUUGAAUGUUGCUAAUUUUUCUGUGAUUUCUUCUAUUCUGUUCUCAGAUGUAAUUAUAUUUUUGUGUUCAAUAAAAUCAUCAGUGGUGACUGAAGAUAAUCCA